UAGAAAUAGCUUUUAAAGGCGAGUAAAGCACACGCUUCUCUAAAACCCCGCCAGAAUCUCAAUUUCUUUCCCGCCAUAUUAAUUCGCCGGAAUAUGUAACCAGAUACAGUGCUAAUAUUAUCGCUAAACUAUACAGCAACUGAGCAUUAAUCCAAAAAUGGAGGAAGAUAACAAGCUACCCGAACUCAAGCUAGAUGCUAAACAAGCCCAAGGGUUUCUAACUUUCUUCAAAACCCUACCUCAUGACCCUAGAGCAGUUCGGGUAUUCGAUAGGCGGGACUAUUACACAUCACAUGGUGAAAAUGCAGCCUUUAUUGCAAAGACAUAUUACCAUACAACUACUUCUUUGCGACAAUUAGGUGGACCUGAUGGUCUUUCGAGUGUGAGUAUUAGCAAGAAUAUGUUUGAAACAAUUGCCCGCAAUCUCUUGUUGGAAAGAACAGAUCACACGCUUGAGCUCUAUGAGGGCAGUGGAUCCAAUUGGAGACUGGUAAAAAAUGGGACUCCCGGAAAUCUAGGCAGUUUUGAAGAUAUUUUGUUUGCCAACAAUGAAAUGCAGGAUUCCCCUGUGAUUGUUGCAGUCAUUCCAAACUUCCGUGAAAAUGGGUGCACUCUUGGGCUAAGUUAUGUUGAUUUAACAAAGAGAAUUGUGGGAUUGGCUGAAUUUCUUGAUGACAGUCACUUUACAAACUUGGAGUCGGUCUUGGUAGCUCUUGGUUGCAAGGAGUGCCUUUUGCCACCUGAGAGUGGUAAAUCCAGUGAAUAUAGAACUUUGCAUGAUGCAUUGACUAGAUGUGGAGUGAUGGUAACUGAGAGAAAGAAAAAUGAAUUUAAAACAAGGGAUUUGGUGCAGGAUCUUGGUAGGCUUGUCAAAGGUUCGAUUGAACCAGUUCGAGAUUUAAUUUCUGGGUUUGAAUGUGCACCGGGUGCUUUAGGGGCAUUACUAUGUUACGCAGAACUACUUGCAGAUGAAAGCAAUUACGGGAAUUAUACACUCAGAGAGUACAACCUUGACAGCUAUAUGAAAUUAGAUUCUGCUGCCAUGAGGGCUCUUAAUGUCCUUGAGAGCAAAACUGAUGCAAACAAAAAUUUCAGUCUAUUUGGUCUUAUGAAUAGAACCUGUACUGCUGGGAUGGGAAAAAGGUUGCUUCAUAUGUGGCUAAAACAGCCUUUACUAGAUGUAAAGGUAAUCAACACCAGACUGGACUUGGUACAGGCUUUUGUAGAGGAUGCUGCACUUCGCCAAGAUCUGAGGCAGCAUUUCAAAAGAAUUUCAGAUAUUGAGCGACUAGUGAACAAUAUUGAGAAGAAAAAAGCUGGUUUGAAGCAUGUUGUGAAACUUUAUCAGUCAAGCAUACGAAUUCCAUAUAUAAUAGGCGUUUUGGAACGCUAUGAUGGACAAUUUUCGUCCUUGAUCAAGGAAAGGUAUUUGGAUACCUUUGAGUCAUUAACCGAUGAUGAUCACUUGAAAAAGUUCAUUGCUCUUGUAGAAACAUCUGUUGACCUUGAUCAACUUGAGAGUGGGGAGUAUAUGAUUUCACCAAGUUAUGACCCUGCACUAUCGGCUUUGAAAGACGAACAAGAGUCGGUGGAACUCCAAAUAUACAAUUUGCAUAAACGAAUUUCACAAGAUCUUGAUCUUCCACAAGAUAAAGGUUUAAAAUUAGAUAAAGGAACGCAAUUUGGACAUGUCUUCAGGAUUACAAAGAAAGAAGAGCCAAAAAUAAGGAAACAGCUAACAACCCAAUUUAUUGUCCUAGAAACCCGAAAGGAUGGGGUCAAAUUCACAAACACAAAACUUAAGAAGUUAGGAGACCAAUACCAAAGAAUAGCCGAUGAGUACACGAGUUGUCAAAAAGAGAUUGUUAAUCGGGUUGUUCGAACUGCAGCAACUUUUUCUGAGGUGUUUGAGUCUUUAGCUGGCAUGAUAUCUGAGCUUGAUGUCUUACUCAGUUUUGCUGAGUUGGCUUCAAGCUGCCCAACACCUUAUACAAGACCAAUCAUCACUCUAUCAAAUGUUGGAGAUAUUAUAUUAGAAGAAAGUAGACAUCCUUGUGUGGAAGCUCAAGACUGGGUGAAUUUUAUACCAAACAACUGUAAACUUGUCAGGGGAGAGAGUUGGUUCCAAAUAAUUACAGGGCCUAAUAUGGGUGGGAAAUCUACAUUUAUUCGGCAAGUUGGAGUUAUUAUUCUAAUGGCACAAGUUGGUUCCUUUGUUCCUUGUGGCAAGGCUAGCAUUUCAGUUCGUGAUUGCAUUUUUGCUCGUGUUGGUGCUGGGGAUUGCCAACUACGAGGAGUUUCUACCUUUAUGCAAGAGAUGCUUGAAACUGCUUCAAUUCUGAAAGGUGCUACAGAAAAUUCAUUGGUGAUCAUUGAUGAGUUGGGAAGAGGGACGUCAACCUAUGAUGGGUUUGGUUUAGCAUGGGCCAUAUGCGAACACUUAAUUCUAGAGAUUAAAGCACCUAGCUUAUUUGCAACCCACUUUCAUGAACUGACUGCUUUAGCUGAUGAAAAAGCUGAUCCUCUUAUGAAGCAAAUUACCGGCGUAGCAAACUAUCACGUCAGUGCACACAUUGACUCAUGCAAUCGCAAGCUGACUAUGUUAUACAAGGUUGAACCAGGGGCAUGUGAUCAAAGUUUUGGCAUACAUGUUGCAGAAUUUGCAAACUUCCCUGAAAGUGUUGUAGCGCUUGCUCGAGAAAAGGCAGCCGAGUUGGAAGAUUUCUCACCUAAUGCUAUUGUUUCAAAUGAUGUCGCAGAGAAGGUGGGAUCCAAACGAAAGACACAACAUGACCCUGAGGAUAUGUCGAAGGGUGCAGCUCGAGCUCACCAAUUUCUGAAAGAGUUUUCUGAUAUGCCAUUAGAGAAUAUGGAUCUGAAGGAGGCUAUGCAGAAAGUAAAGAAGCUAAAGAAUGAGUUGGAGAAGGAUGCAGGAAACUGCCAGUGGCUCAAGCAAUUCUUCUAGUUGUUUCUUGCAACACAGGCACUACUUUUGCAAGCUUUAUUAGAGCAUGAGACAGGUCAAAAUUGCUUCACUUCCACAGCCAUUUUGAUUAACAAGAUAAGAAAGCGCCUCUAUCUUUAUAAGAACACCUUGUUUUGUGGACGUAAGAAGUCUUGAAUGGUGCACACGCCUCCGUUAUUUUCAGGUCCUUCGUAAUUUUUCUAUGUAUCAUUUUGUAGCUGAAAAAUGUAGAAGGUGAUGUGAUUUUGGGGGCUGAGUUCUCAGAUUGGCUCACCAGCUCCCUGUUUUGCUAAAAGCUCACCUGUCUAGUUCUGUAAAUUAUAUUUUUCUUUCAAAUAUAGUAUUUCUUUUAAUUAAUAA